AUGGGAGGUGUAGAUGCCUGCUGCGAUAAGUCAGCCACCGGUCGUGACGUAACGAUGGUGGUGGGGAACAACCUGCCGGCCAGGAGUUUACGCUGGCUCCGAUAUCACGUAGGAAUGGAGAAAUCGAAACUUCCAGUACUUCCAGUUCUUGUCUGCAUUGUUUGUCUUCUACUGCUGCUGGCAUACCUAAUAUUCCGAUGGCAAUUCAGACACGUACUGGCGACAGCCGCAAAGCUGCCUUCUCCUCCAGCUUUGCCCGUGAUUGGCAACGCGCUUCUUUUUUGCGGGGACAUUAUUAGCGUAACGAAGAACAUCCUUAAAAUUGCAACGGACUACACCGGGCUUUCCGCGGUUUGGAUCGGCCCCGUCCCAAUAUUUAUUGUGACAAAUCCUGGUGACGCUCAAAUAAUUUUAAAUAGUACAAACACAUUGGAGAAAGACGAGGUGUACUCUAUGCUGAAGAUAUUUUUCGGCAAUGGAUUAUUAACAGCCCCUGCUUGCACAUGGAAAAAGUACAGAAAGCUGAUAAAUCCUGUAAUGCAUCCUUCUAAUGUGGAGAAUUUCUUUCCUGUAUUCAACGAAGUUAGCAACAAGAUCACUCAAGAACUAGCUGCAGCCUCUGGUCCCAUGGACCCCACAUACACUAUAUUUGACGGAGCCAUGGAUGCAAUAAUGCGAACUGUCAUUUCGAGGAAGCCUGUUCUUCCUGAGACAAAAGCUGACGUGAAGUUCAUUAUAGACAGGUAG